AUGUCCGCCCGCUCGGCCUCACUAGAGACAUCCGAGCUCCUCCCAAACGAGUGCAGCACCCCCAUCCGCCGCGCCUCCCCUCCCAACCACCACCACCACCAUGUCACCACCUCUCCACUCAUGUCGUCUGGCGCACUCGGCAUCUCGAUACCACCGUCCCGCGGUCGACCCACCGAGCCCCCGUCCUCCCCCUCGGCCAAGACGCCCACCUACCUCGGUUCACAGCCCGUGACGCCUGCACGCACCGCCAACGGCGGCGGCGGCGGCGUGUCGGCCAACUCGAGCCGGUUCAACAGCACCCGCCUCGACCCGCGCAUGGCCGCGACGCUGAGCUUUUCGCCCGAGCAGCGGUCACGCAGGCUGUCCAAUGCCAGUGUUGUGCGCAGUAGGAGUGUCGCCGACUUUCACGACGACGGCGGCAAGCUCACGCGGAGCCGCGCCCUGGCCCUCGUUGCCGUUUGUCUGUUGAGUGUGGGAUCACACUUCACAAUGUAUCUCAUGGGCCCGUUGAAGAGCCGUCUGCACCGCGAGCUGGGCUCGAGCAACUCGCAGUUCUCGCUCUUGAUCUCGGCGCUCAACCUCAACUCGACAUGGACGCCGCUUGUGGGUGGUAUCCUCGUCUCACGCUUCGGAACCGGCUGGUCCAGUGUCGUGACUACCGGCGCUGUGCUUCUGGGCGAGAUCAUUGUGUAUUUCGGCGUGACCCACGGCAACCUCGUGACCAUGGCCGGCGGUUUCUUCCUCUUUGGGCUGGGCAUGACACCGUUGAUGGUCGUGCAAGAAACGCUUCUCGCCAAGCUCUCCCCCGGCGGCCACUUGGGCUUGUCCCUCGCCCUCGGUCUUGUCAGCGGCAAGUUUGCGUCCUUUAUCGCCGCCAUGUGCUCGCUCCCGCUCGCCGAGGCCGGAGGCGACGGCAUGCCAUUCUUCGUCGCCCUCGUCCUCUGCGCCACCUCGUUCAUCGCCAACAUCCUCCGCUUGACAUUUAGGUGGGGCGAGACGGACGAGGCGGAGCGUGUGGCCCCGCGCCGUAUCGUCAAGUGGGACGGCAUAUCGCGCCUGGGAGACGUCUACUAUGUGUUCAUCGUCAUGAACAUUCUCUGUGGCGCCAUCUGGUCGCCCUUCCUCCACCUGAGCGCCAACAUUGUCCAGGUCCGCUUCAGCCUGUCGGAGUCCCAGGCGUCGUUCAACGCAAGCGUCCUCCUGGCCGGCGCCAUCAUCCUGUACCCGAUCACGGGAUACAUUACCGACCGCCACGGCUCGGACACGCCGCGCACCACGUUCCAGCUCUUCCACAUCACGUGUAUCCUCACCCUGUUCGGAUACAUCUACCUCGCGUUGCCCGUGUCGCUCACCCAGACACCGUGGCCGGGACUCAUCUCGUGGGCGCUGGGCCACGGCGCGUCUCCGCUCCUGCUGGUGGUCAUGGUCGCGCGCAUCCUGCCCGUGGCCCUCGUCCCGCUCGGUCUGGGCAUGCACAAGGCCAUGGAAUCCGCCGCGUCCACCGCGUCCCAGACCCUCGCGGGCCUCUGGCUCGACUGGGCAAAGGACCACCGCGGCGGGCAGGACAACGCCGCACACGGCCUGCUGGUCAUCUUCGCCGUCGUCAACGUCCUCCAGAUCCUCUCGGCCGGCGGCCUGUGGAAAUUCGAGUCGGCGCGGCGCACCGCGCUCUCCCACCGCCCCUCGGGCCUGCACGACCAUGCAGACGAGUACGAGCGCCUCCCGCUCGCCGCCGACGCCGAGCAGGGCGGCGCCGGUGGUCUCGGUCUCCGCGCGGCGGCCUCGGCGCGCUCGUCCUUGUCCGACGACGACUACGAGAACGACAGCAACGACGACGACGCCCGGUCCGCGUCGUCCUUUGACGAUUGCCUCCCCGCCGCCAAGGGCGAGGUCGAGGAACCCCAGACGGGCCUGGCGCGCACAGACGCAGAGCGCGCACGCGGAAAGACAAGUUUCAGGAUCUGCCUGUGUUUCCUCGUCAGCGUGUGGGUGCUGUUCAUCGCUACUGCGUGGCGCAAGCUGUAG